UACAUUUAUGUGACGUCAUUAUGGCCUGGUUGGGUUAGGUUUGCUUGGAAAUUUUUGUUAAAAAUCUUGUAUUUUAGUGUAAUAUAUGUUGUGCUACUUAUUUUAGAUUAGUAAUAUAAAUACCUCAUAGAGUAGCAGUAAUCCUGGUGCCAAGAAGUGUUUGUUUCGGCGACAUUCUCUGGCGAAAAUGAAUCGCCAUGAAGGAGUCAGCUGUGAUUCUUGUUUGAAAAAUAACUUCAGAGGACGACGAUACAAAUGUUUGAUUUGCAUCGACUACGACUUGUGCGCUGCAUGCUAUGAGUCUGGCGCUACCACAAACCAACAUACAACAGAGCAUCCUAUGCAGUGUAUUCUUUCUAGAAGUGAUUUUGAUUUGUAUUAUGGAGGUGAAGCAUUGGCCCUUGAGCAGCCUCAAGCGUACACUUGCCCAUACUGCAACCGCAUGGGGUUCACGGACACCGCCCUCAUGGAACACGUCACUGCAGAGCAUGCUGAUACCACGUUAGCUGUGGUCUGUCCAGUGUGUGCAUCAAUGCCUGGUGGAGAACCUAAUUUUGUAACUGAUGACUUUGCUGGUCAUCUCACACUUGAGCACAGGACUGGACCUAGAGAUCUCAUCUCAUUUCUGGACGAACCCAGUGGCAUCAGACACGGUGGCGUGCGCCGCGUGCCGCAGUCGGGCCGCGGCGUCGGCCGCGCGCGCCGGACUAAUAUGCAGUUUAGCACGGGCGGCGGCAUAUCGUCGCUGUCGCCGUCGUCGCGGGAUGCGGUGGUGGACCCGAUCGCCGAGCUGCUGUCGCAGCUGUCGGGCGUGCGGCGCGGCGCCGGCCAGACCGGCACGCCCAGCCAGCUGCAGCAGCUGCAGAUGCAGCUACAGCUGGAGCGGCAGCAGGCCUCGGUAUGUGCAGCGGCCAGCGAGCUAUCUGGUGGUCUGAAGAAAACGUGUUCAGUUGCUUUUCAGUAGCAAAAGCUACAUUUCCUUUAGAUGCAGAAGGUCUUAUUAUUAUCUUUUUUGACCUGGACAUUU